AUGAACACCGCAGAGUCAGUUUCCAAGGGUUGUUUUGCCUAUAAAGGGAAGAAAAAAGUUGCUAAACCAAUUGAUUAUUUUCCUGUGAAAGAUAACACUGGUAAACAGAGACAUGAGGUUUGUCAAGAGAUGUGGGAGAAUGUUGAUACAGAAAUUCAGAUUUUACAAUCCAACUUAAACAGUAAAAUCUUUGAAGAAUUGUUGAGUUUUGUGGAAUCAAGUCAUAAAGGAGUUGGUAGAAAAACAUUAGUUAAAGAAAUACCAACUGCAGCACUAAUAACUGGAGUGAAUACACCAGAUCAUGCUGUUAUGUUUAAUAAUAUGGUAUCACUGAUGAAAGAACGUGUCACUCCUCAUAUAGCUACAUUGAGAUCUAAAGACUGUCCAGCACUAAAAAAUAUACUAUCUAAAACUAUCUGUCAGUUAACACAGAGACCUGAUUUAGGACUGGAUGAUGAAGACGAUGAAUUAAUUCAAACUGUUCUCAAGAAGAAUUCACCAUGUACUAUGUCUACAUUAGUUAAUUGGUAUCAAGAUAUGUAUAGUAGUGGAAAAUCAUCGCCUAAGAAGAGAAGAUCUAGAAGUGGCUCAGUAGAUGAUAUUGAUUAUAAACCAACUUUAGUUAUAGUAUUAGAAGACAUGGAAAGUUUCUCACCUAAUGUAUUACAGGAUUUUAUUACAAUUUGCAGUAACUAUAUAGAAGAAUUACCUAUAGUACUAGUAUUUGGUAUAGCUACAUCAGUAUCUGCUGUCCAUAGAUUACUAUCAAACUGUGUUUCAUCAUUGUUAUGUAUGGAGAAAUUCCAGGCACCACCAUCUUCAGAUUAUCUUACACAAGUUAUAAAUCAAAUAUUAUUUACCUCAACUCAUCCUUUUAGGCUGGGACCAAAAGUUUUUCAUCUGUUGUUAGAUUUAUUUCUCUAUCAUGAUUUCUCAGUUAUUAAUUUUGUAAAAGGACUUCAGUUUUGUAUGUUAGAUCAUUACUACAGUAAUCCACUUGCUCAUUUAUGUUGUCCUGAAUCUGAUAUAUCAUCAACAGUUAAAAAAUUACACGAGGCAGAUUUAGAAAAAAUAAGACUUUUAACAAGUUUUUCAAAGUAUGUUUCGUUUACUACAAACCACAAUGGUUUCAAAUUAAGUGCCUUUGUAAUUCACAAAUUGUUCUGGCGAAGAUGUGUUGAUUCAUGUUCUUCAGAGGAAAAAGUCACGUUUAAAGAUAAUAAAUCUAUGAAGACAAAAGUCACAGAGUUACUGCAAGGGUUGCAUGAUUACCAUAAAUCAUUUUUUCCACUGAUGAAUUUGCUACAUGUAUUGGUCUGUCGUUUACCUAGACACCCUUUGGGAAAACAGCUGCGUGAAUUGUACUCUAUAUGUAUAGAAUGUAGUUUAACAGACAGUGAUGGAUAUAAGGAAGCAUUUGACCUGUUAAGGAUGUUAUCAAAAGAAGAAAUGAUAAAUUUAUUAACUCAGGGUAUAAAACACAUAACAGAAUAUAAUUUGCCACAUGAGAUAAAUACAAUACCUUCACAAAUAGAAACAUAUUUACAACGCCUUACACUGUUAAAUGCUGAAACUGAACAUGUUCCUGAAGAAGAACCCGAAAUUGAAACUGAGAAUUUAAUAAUACCUAAGAAAACAGACUUGCACAAUCUAAGAAAGACACUACAAAAAAUGGAGAAACAAAAAAAAAGACUAACACCAUAUGAAAAAUUACGAAAUGAAACAUUAGAUUUCUUACAUUUAUUAUUUCAAAAGUAUUUGAAAUGUCCAACAUCUCUACCAUUAUAUGAGUUGUUAUAUUAUAAUUCUGUAUCUAUCAUAAAACAUCAUAUUAAUGCAGCACCAAGAUCAGCAAUACAGAGAGCAUUAAGUACACCACACCAAUAUUUACAGUGUAAAUGUUGUGAGGGAGAUCCUAACUCUAUAUUACCAACAAUGCCUGAUGUUUGUAUUGUAUAUAAAUUACAUUUAGAAUGUGGACAACUUAUAAAUCUGUACGAUUGGUUACAAGCAUUUAUGACAGUGGUUACUAGUGAAGAUGAAGAAAAUGAUGCCAAAAGUAAAAAGCCAGAUCAAAUUCUACAAGCACGUUUUAUAAGAGCUGUUUCUGAACUACAGUUUCUAGGGUUUAUAAAACCAACUAAAAGGAAGACAGAUCAUGUUGCCAGGCUGACAUGGGGAGGCUGUUGAUAAUUAAGCAAGUUAAGGUUUCUAGAAAAUGUAAUUGCCAGUAUCCUAAUGAGAGAUCAAAUGUUGUAAAU